GGAGUCCAGCAAUCCUCUUGCACAUGACCAUCUCUGCAUGGGAUUCGAACCUGCGAACCCACGCAGAGUAAUUAAAGGUGCGGUGGCGAGCGUAUUCCUAACGCUUAGCCCAUUGAGCCGCGCCUUGAGCCGGUACAUAUUCAUCCAGGGGAGAGGAAAGUGGAUAAGUUUACUACCACAGUACCAGUACUACUAGUAUUUGGUUACUGCCCUAGCAUGUUAUGUGUGCCAGUGAUCACCAACAGAGCUAUGAAUUCUAAUAGCUUCAAUCUGGAUUGCGAAGUUGUUGUUGAGAUCAUUUUUAAAGAUGAUUAAGUAGAUUCAUCAUCCAGUAAGAAAAUUCAUCGUUGCAACAAAUGUCAUAUGUGUUUUGAAGACUGUGGGGAUUUUAUAUUACAUCAUCACCGCACUUGUACAACUCAACUGGUUCCUGAAUCCCUAAUCAAAGAAUGGUGGAGAAGUGCAGGGGGAAAAGAUGAACACUUGUCACAUGACGCUAUACAAUAUUUCAAGUUAUUACAUAAAGAAAACUCAAUGUUGAGAUUCAGCUGUGACGCAGUGACUGUAAUUCCGAAUCUCUUCCCAUCAAUAAACCGCCACACUGCUCUCGAGCAAACACGCAUAGUUUUUGACCAUUUCGAGCGAUUUCUAGAUGAAAAAGAUAAGAUACAACCAGCUGAAACAAUAGUCACAGAUGAGGAAUUAGCUAUAGUGGAAUACAUAGGGGGUUAUAUUUUACAAAAAUUAAGAAAAAAAUCAAAGACAGAAAUGCAGUACAACAUAAUCAAUGAACUUAUUUCUGAUGAUUCAUCUGUCGCCGGGUCAUCUUUAAUAAAUAUCCUUGAGAAUAAGGAUUAUGGAACAUUGGUGAAACCGGUUUCUAAAAUCACAGAUAUGCUUGCAGAGGUAGAACUUAACUUUCGUAAAUAUUAUUCCUCUGAGAAUGUGAUGGCAUCAAUAUUAAACUCUAUCAAGGUAGUGACAUUAUUCAAACCUUUUGGCCAAGUUAAUGACAAAUUUAUAGAGAUUCUUUGGAAAAUAUGUGAAUUUUUUGUUAAAAUAAGAUGUUUUCAAAAAGCUAAGACCCUGAAUAAGAAAUUUCAGCUGAAACACGACCAAAACGUGAGUCUUAGGAAGUCACUAAAAUAGACUGUACUGUUAUUUUUAUUAU